UACAACUUCUUCGAAGGAUGCGCACGCGCUCAAGCUUGCACUCUUCUUCUACGCGGAGGUGCUGAACAAUUUAUCGCUGAGACGGAACGCUCUCUUCAUGAUGCCAUCAUGAUCGUACGUCGUGCGAAGAAGAACGAUUCUAUCGUAGCUGGUGGUGGAGCCAUUGAAAUGGAGCUGUCACGUCAUCUUCGUGCUAAGGCCAAAACCAUUGCUGGAAAGGAGCAGUUCUUCUGGAGCGCUUAUGCCCGAAGCUUUGAAAUUAUUCCACAACAACUUUGCUACAAUGCUGGCAUCGAUGCAACGGAUAUUCUGAACAAGCUUCGUCAUAGACAUUCGAUAGGCGAGGUUUGGGCUGGUGUUGAUAUUCACACAGAGGAAGUUGGCGACAACCUUGCAGCAUGUAUCUGGGAACCAAGCCUUGUGAAAAAGGUGCGUCUGUGCAGAUUUUAA